AUGGGCACGGUUGGCGCUUGGAGGCGAGCACAGGAUGGUUCCGUCAUUACCGGUGAAGCCGUCGUGGACCUGGAUCGAUCUCCCAUCGCCGGUGAUGGCGGCGGCGGCGGCCAGCACGAGGCCCCGGACACGGCGGGCACGCGGGCCUCGCCCAUUGACGUCGAAGCGCUAGGCGACGAGGGGAGGUCGAGAGCUAAGAUAAAGCGCCGUGCGGUUGUUGUGGAUCUGGAGGCGGAUGCUGAUCAGGAAGGUUGUGGUGAUGCAAGAACAUUUAGCUGUCUCAGUGGGAACAAAAGGCGGAAGGUUCCACCUGUUAUAUGCCUUUCUCCGGACAGGGAAGAAAGAUCCAGCAAUCAGCAAAACAGCACGGUGCGAGUCAGUAGACCAACUGCCAAUGCUUCUCCAAAGGAACCGACGUUCACUUGCCCGGUGUGCCUGAACAAGAUGGAGCUGCCGUCCGCUACGAGCUGUGGCCAUGUCUUCUGUGAGAAGUGCAUCAAGGCGGCCAUCAAGGCCCAGAAGAAAUGCCCUACUUGUAGGAAGAGGCUAGGGCCGAAGAGCUACCGUCGAGUUUACCUCCCUGCAACUGCUGAUCAAGUCUGA